CUAGACAAAGCAAUGAAAUAGUCCUGUCUGCCAAAUGAUUCACUGAUAUAUAGAGCACAGUAAACAGCAUGUUGACUCUCUCACCUUACAAAAAGGGGAAUGUAAUUGGAUCUAUUGGCAACUUGACAGCAAUAGGCCCUAUAUAAAGUUUCUGUCAUUUAAGAUCGGGUAACAUUGACCGUGUACGUGCACGUAGCUCUCUUCUCCUUGGACUCUCUGUAGGCAUCGGUUGUGUAAAAAGGAAGACUUGAAAACGAUCAACAAACAGUAACACAACAUUCUGGAAAAAAAACAUUGGGGAAUAGUGUCAAAGACUCAGCAUAGACAUUAUGGAUAUUAAAAGGUCUCUCAACAUGCCCAGCACUCUUACAUAAAGAACCAGACAAUGCUGCAAAACCUUUAGACAGGUGAGUUCUACUUUUUCUAUAAAUAUUGAAAAUAAUUUUAUUAUUGUUUCUUAUUUUUUUUUAUUUAUUAUUAACUAAUAAUUAAAUGACAUGGCACCAGUACUUUACAAUAAGAGAGAAAAAAGUGAUAUGGGACAUACGGGUGAUGUUUGUAAUAUGAGCAAAUUAAGGUUUUGAGUAUCUAAAGGUAUUGUUCCAAAAGUUACUUCACUGUUGUAUAUAAAGUUGCAUUAUAAGAUUUUUUAAAUUAGUUUUUUUACUUUUUUUACUUUUUUUUUAUUAUUACAUUUUGCACCCCAACAGUUACUGUCAAAUAGUUCUCGUUUGUGAAUAUGUUUGUGCCAUUUUUAAGGUUGUUCUGUAUAAUAAGAAUUGUGUUCUGUUAAUUGGGGCAAAGAUGUAAAUGGGGCGGAGUCAUUGUAUGCUAGUGAUGUACAAGUUUUUUCGAUGGCUGAAUGUGAAGUUGAGCUCCCGUUUAUUAUGUCAUUGAGUAGGGGUGGAGCUUGCGUGCCACAAAGAACAAAAUAAAUAAAUUGUGAUGGCUUUUAAAGCAAGUUUGCAGCUUUCUAAGACCAGAAGCAUUACAAAAUAUAUGUUUUGGGGUCUACAAUGUUCCUUUAGUACUUUUAAUGAUAUCGCUUUUAAAAAGUUUUAUAUAAGCAGUGAUGUUUAUGGGACCCCAGCACAAUGGACCAAAAGGGUAGAUUUUAAUCUGUUGUAUAUCUCCCACAAUGCGUUGUCAGCUGGGGAUCUACGAUUUGCCCAUCCUUGCAUAGUUUAAUUUGUGAGCAGUGAAUGUGUGUUUAACCCCUUAAGGACCAAACUUCUGGAAUAAAAGGGAAUCAUGACUUGUCAUACAUGUCAUGUGUCCUUAAGGGGUUAAAUGUGAGAAUGUUUUUGUAUGGAGUAUGUGUGUGAAUGUAGAAGUCUAUUUGCAGUAUUGGUAUUUGAAUGCAGCUGUGUGUUUUAUCUGUAAUGUUAAAACUUAAAAUCAGGUGUAAUUGUGUGUAGUGCGUUUGAAUGCAAGGGUGUGUUUGUAUGUAGUGUUGGUGUUUGAAUGCAUGUGUGUAUUUGUGUGUAGUUUUGGUGUUUGAAUGCAGGGGUGUGUUCUUAUAUAAUGUGCGUUCGGCUCCGCUGUAUAGUAGCCCUGCUACAGCAUGAAUGAUGCUUGUGGCAUUCACCUCUCACAGGAGCUAGGUGGCGGGGUGCAGAGUACAGUGUGGUCCUGACAGGUUUCAGCUCUGACCUCCACAUUCUCAGCUGCAUCACCGGUGUGCAGCAGUUGUGCGCCAUACGCGGCACUCGCCUGGGCCUCCAUCUCAGAACAAUCCUGUGAUGGUCGCAUGGUCUAGGUCUCACCACAUGGCGCCGAUCCGCUGGCCAGAACCAGAAGACUUCACCAGAACACAUAACAGGAGUGGUGAGUGAGCGAGCACUUGGCUUCGCCCAAAACUUGGCACAAGCCUGUCAAAAUCCUGAAGAAACGUGGCUUCGUACUUAGGUGACUGUGUUAGGGGCUGUACACAGGAAGGCUGUGGUAUGAUGGCCAUCUUGGGCAGUAAGGCCUCUACCUCACAGGUCGCUUGUGGUACAAAGCAGUCAAGAAUAGACCUCGAGUGUUUGCCAGCGGGGACCGGGAUAACCCCCACCUGUCCAGGACAGGGUGCAACAGAGGGUGCUUUCCAGACCCGGGUAGAGUGAUCCCCCACUUCGGGUAUGUCUUCAGGCCACAAAGAUUGUGCUAACUGGAGUUGGGCAAAAGUGCACCCCAUGCUUGACAGGGUACUCCGUUAUAGCAGUAUACAAGAUUGCGCCAUAAAGCAGACAGCUAAUGUCUAGGAUUAGGCUUAAUAAGAAGUUUUCUCGGGGAGCUCCAGUCUAAUGCGAACAUCUUGGUUGGCUUUCAGCCCCCGUCCCUGUAUUUAUUUUUAUAUGCAAAGACACAAACAUACAAAAUCACAGUUGUUCCUGUCUUAUUGCAUAAAUGUUCCAUGCUCCUGCCUCCUGGAGAUGGAUGGAAGUCAUAUUCCCAUGUUUUAAAUGAGAGCUGUGUAUUAAUGUGUGGCUUGACUGCAUGUAUGUGAUAGGAGGUGUGUAUGAGUGUGUAGAGAUGUAUAAUAGUAGCUGUCUGUGAGACUGUAUUUGUAAUUAGAGCUGUGUAUUAAUGUGUGGAGUGACUGCAUGUGUGUGAUAGGAGGUGUGUAGAGAUGUAUAAUAGUAGCUGUCUGUGAGACUGUAUUUGUAAUUAGAGCUGUGUAUUAAUGUGUGGAGUGACUGCAUGUGUGUGAUAGGAGGUGUGGGUGAGCCUAUGUCUGAUGGGAGUUGUAUAUGAGUGUGUGGAGAUGUAUAAUAGUAGCUGUCUGUGAGACUGUAUUUGUAAUUAGAGCUGUGUAUUAAUGUGUGGAGUGACUGCAUGUGUGUGAUAGGAGGUGUGUAUGAGUGUGUGCAGAUGUAUAAUAGUAGCUGUCUGUGAGACUGUAUUUGUAAUUAGAGCUGUGUAUUAAUGUGUGGAGUGACUGCAUGUGUGUGAUAGGAGGUGUGUAUGAGUGUGUGGAGAUGUAUAAUAGUAGCUGUCUGUGAGACUGUAUUUGUAAUUAGAGCUGUGUAUUAAUGUGUGGAGUGACUGCAUGUGUGUGAUAGGAGGUGUGUAUGAGUGUGUGGAGAUGUAUAAUAGUAGCUGUCUGUGAGACUGUAUUUGUAAUUAGAGCUGUGUAUUAAUGUGUGGAGUGACUGCAUGUGUGUGAUAGGAGGUGUGGGUGAGCCUAUGUCUGAUGGGAGUUGUAUAUGAGUGUGUGGAGAUGUAUAAUAGUAGCUGUCUGUGAGACUGUAUUUGUAAUUAGAGCUGUGUAUUAAUGUGUGGAGUGAUAGGAGGUGUGUAUGAGUGUGUGGAGAUGUAUAAUAGUAGCUGUCUGUGAGACUGUAUUUGUAAUUAGAGCUGUGUAUUAAUGUGUGGAGUGACUGCAUGUGUGUGAUAGGAGGUGUGUAUGAGUGUGUGGAGAUGUAUAAUAGUAGCUGUCUGUGAGACUGUAUUUGUAAUUAGAGCUGUGUAUUAAUGUGUGGAGUGACUGCAUGUGUGUGAUAGGAGGUGUGUAUGAGUGUGUGGAGAUGUAUAAUAGUAGCUGUCUGUGAGACUGUAUUUGUAAUUAGAGCUGUGUAUUAAUGUGUGGAGUGACUGCAUGUGUGUGAUAGGAGGUGUGUAUGAGUGUGUGGAGAUGUAUAAUAGUAGCUGUCUGUGAGACUGUCUGUAUUUGUAAUUAGAGCUGUGUGUGGAGGGAUUGCAUGUAUGUGAUAGGUGGUGUCUGUGUUGCCCUGAAGGCUAGAUCUGAAAGUUAGUGAUGGUCUAAAAACACUAUGAAAAAUUAGUCAUGUGUGAAAAAGUAAAUCAGAAUGUUCGAUCUAAUCUUCCUUCACUCCAAGCACCAUAACCACUACAGCUUACUGUAAUAUGGUGCCGGAAGAGCACUGGCACCACAACACUCUAAGCAACACUCAAGUUUUUUGACUUCCUCUCCUGCAGUGUGGAACUUUGGCUAAGCAUUGACUGAUGCUCUCAGCCCAUGAGCUCUGGAGAGUUAAUGGAAGCCCCUGAUUAGGAGCUUCACUCUCUCUUUCGUUAGUAGUGGAGGUGAGAACCUGAAAGACCCCAUGCAAGACAACACACGCUGUCCUAAAAUAGUUUGAUUACUUACAAAGGGGGCAAGCGUGCCUGGCACCAUAACCACUACAGCAAGCACGAAGUGUUCUUUUAAGAACUGAAGUCAAUGUUAGAAAAAUAUUGAGCCACUGUGAUAAUGAAUGCAAAUCUGCACUGUGCAUUUCAUUUGCACAAAAUUACGUGUUUAACAAACACAUCGCUGUGUAUUUUUAACGUGAGGACAAUAGGACAAUAAAUGAUAACAAUAAUACAAUUACAAUGUAAUAGAAAAUCAUAGUAAUUCCUAUAAUGUUUGGCAAAGAAACAAAAAAAGUGUUAAGCAUUAUGGGAUAUAUGGGAACUGGAGAAUUAAUUAUUGCUACUCCUUGCUUUUAACAAAUCGAAUAGUGUGGCAAGAAUAUUGCACAACCAUAACAUGGCAUUCAAGUGCGUGACUCAUGGAAGCAAAACAGGGAAGGAAUUUUCAAUUAACAAAACAAAGCAAAGCCUCUUAUUUUCCCCCCUUUUGUUCAAUGUGUCUAGGGGAUUGAUUAUGAAUUGUGCAAAAAAAAAAAAAAAAAAGCUUAGUUUUUUUUAAUGGGAGUCGCUUAACGAUUGCAUGCAUUCUGAUCUGGAAUUUCCAAACAUUUGUCGGACAUUCACAGUUUCUUCAGUUACGUUUAUUUAGGAUUAAUUCUAACGCCAGGAAACUCCUGUGUAGAUUUGAUCAUUAUUUAAAAUAUUGCAGUUUCCUGGAAGAAUUUUCUUUGGCAGCAGGUAGCCUGGUAUUGUGGAGACAAACAAAAAAUAAUGACAAUUUCGAAGCAAUAAUGUAAAUGCUCCUAUUAUUACUCUGACAAACGGUGUGCCGUUAUGUUCCUAUAACUUUCAUUUCAUUUUAAUGUUGGGUGACUAUAAAAGAAUUGCCACUUGUCAAGAUAUUUGUGCAAUUAUUAUAUUUCUAAUACUGUCUGUGUAAUGUUCUGAAAAUUCUAUGGAAUACACCAAGCACCAUAAUCACCACAACGUAAGGAAUUUUUCAUAUGCGCUAGGUAGAGGUCCCUACAAAUGUACCUUUUAUUUCCUUUGUGUUUUUUUUUUUUUCUCUUGAUCUGCUAAGCGUAAACUCUACUCACCUACCAUUGACAUCAUAUGGGGAUAGGGGAUGUCUAACUUCCCCAUAAAGCCAUGCUGCUCACACGACUGAAAUCCGUCUCUGUCAUUGGCAGGCGUUGGGAGUUGGCACAUAAUGCAACCUUUUGGCCAGCUUAGGUCAAUGUGCUUUCAGCGGAGCAUUGAACAGUGCCAUAUGUGCACAGAUGUUGAAGGAGACAGACUUGAACCAGUUGUGCCCGCUAGUGCUGUACAAGUAUUUUCGUAAACAGAAUCAAUAACAUUCUAAACUGUACAAACACCUUUUUAAUUGUGUUACAUUUAGUUUGUUUAUAAAAAGAGCUAGGAUAGAUCAACAUUAGACUUGUGUACGGCGAAAAAAUUUGGUUAAGCCAAACUAUUUUUUCCAAAAAUAAAAGUUUCCAGAAAGCAAAUAAGGCGAACAAGAGGCAAUGAAAAUGGGCCAAUCAGUUUACAAAAAAAAAUACAUACAUAAUAUAAUUUUAUGUAUUUUUUUUGCAGAAUCCUGUUAGGAGCAUUUCCCACCAUUUGGUCCCUAGAUUGAGUGUGAUAUGUAGUCGGAAAAUAAAAAUCUAAAUUUAUGUAUUAUAUAUUUAUUAAAUAUACAAUAUAGAAAUAAUUUUACAUCUCCUCCUUUUUCGCUCUGUUGGUCACUUCACACGUAAUCUUUCAAUAAAGUGACUUUCCUCUAGCCAUCAAUCGUUUUUGUUUUUUCCUUGCAACCUUUCAUGCUUACCCAUUCAGGAACUUCCCGGUGCAGCGGCGGUUCAGACGCUGCACACUCUGCGUGCACGUGUAUUUGUAUGAAGUCGCGCAUUUCGGUUCGCACGAACAGAGGCUCCCGACUUUGGUAUUUGGCCGAACUCGGGUCUUUAGGCGUGCUAAAGCCAUGCUGACCAAUAAUAUUGGUUCCCUGGCUAUAUAAGCCAGGGCUUUUAUUUACCCAAGAGUACGCUUUAUAUUUAUUUGAAUUUACUGUUACUGACGUUGGCUUGUUUAAUUGUCUCUCCGCUUUCUGUGUUCCUGACCUUGGCUUGUCUUCCCGUUUAUUCUCUUCUCCCCUAUGUUUGACCUUGACUUUCUCUUUGACGUCUCUUUACAUUAAAUCCGACCAUUAUAAGGCCCGUUAAUACAUUAUUCCAUUCCUUCAGCAGAUUAGGGUCUGUGUGUGUUGGGUUCUUCUCUCUAGCCGUGACACAACCAUAUCUUUUUAUUUUGGCACCACUGGUGGAAUUCACGACCUUGAAUCAAAACGAACAUGCUUAGCCGUUGUAUUUCUUGGCUGGUUUGUGACUGCUACAUUUUGGUUCGGAAUUUGGGAAUUCGAGUGAUCUUCCAAUCGGCUCAAAUUCAGAGAAAUUGCAGUUUGGACUAAAUCGAACAUCCAACUCUAGAUGAUUAUUAUUUAAAUCUCCAACUAGCUGCAAAACAGGGAAUACAAUUGCUUGGAUUUGUCAUACUUGUACCUUUUAAAUGUACGUUGCUUGUCCGCUACAUAAGCGAUUGACUUAGUUUCAUAAGGAAUCGAUAUAGGGGACCCUAACUAUAUCCACUGUACAGAUUUGACCUUACAAUUUAUCUCUUGCUGUAGCUAGAAGCACUCAUCCCCUAGUCUGGUCUGAGGGUACAUGAGGUCUGAGUACAACUGAGAAAAUACACUUAUAUUGAACUGCUCUGCUGCGAUAAGAGUAUUUUUAAAGUUUGCUUCUAUCAAAGAAGCAAAGGUCACUGUAGGCACUAGUCUAUAUAAGAAUUAUAAAAUAGCAAAUACAAAAUCUGAUUCACCAUCUUCCUAAACAAAUACACUCAAACAGACUGUAGAAUAAUCAUAAUAUGUCCUUUGAGUUAUUAAUUAACAGCAUGGCAAAUAGAAAAUCAGAUCUACCUCUUCUUACACAAAUUCACUCAGAUAUGUUAAAUUCACAAGGAGCUGCCGAUAGAAUGCAUGUCUCCAAUCCAACCAUGGAAAUGGAAAAGAAAAGUCUAGCGUUCUCUCUCCAUGUGUUCAUAUAUAAAUAAGUCGAAAACUUUAAGAGUCUACCCAUUAAAUGAGAAUAGGCCGAGAAACACAAUGCUUUCUGUUAAUGCUUCGAUAAUGAUGUUCAAUGGGUUAUUAAUUACGUUAGGCGUAAAUGUCGCAUUCCACAAAUGGUUGUGGUUUACGCAUCUCCGUUACUGUGUGUCAGAACCACAGAAGGUAUAUGGGCGUUCAAAGUUAUGGAUUAAUUAUGCUGCUGUCGUAUCAGAAUCUGUCAGUAAUUUGUAAUAUAUACGGUUAAGGGAAAAAAACAAUGAGCAAAACCACUGAUAUUUCCUGCACUCUGAAACUUUUCAAUGUUCCUGUUAAACAUUAACGCUUCUCUUUAAUAAAAAUGUUAAAAAGAUAAUACCUCUUGAUGUUCCAAAAUCUCGAUUUCAAUCUGAUGUAGCCCUUCCAUGGUGCAUGUUAACCUUAAUUAUAUUAUUUGGUCUAGCUAUCAAGCGGCAAGAUUUACAGGGUUUUUCCUUAUACUGUGAAUUGUAGACAGUUCUCCAUGACCUGUAAACUGUAGGUCAAGAAAGCCAUUCUCCAAGUAAACUAUGUUUCCUUAUCGGGUGUUUUGACUUUGAAUUGGAAUUUUUUUUAGUUUGUUCUUGAUUAUUAUUAAUAUUAUGUUAUUUUUUAUAUAGCGCCAUCAAAUUCUGUAGUGCUUUACAAUGGGUGGACGAACAGACAUGUAGUUGUAACCAGACAAGUUGGACACACCGGAACAGAGGGGUUGAGGGCCCUGCUCAAUGAGCUUACAUGCUAGAGGGAGUGGGGUAAAAUUACACAAAAAGGUAAGGAUAGUAGAAGUUCUACACAACUUCAGUCCAUUAACAGCAGUAACAAGACUGCGCACACUUUCAAAAAUUAAUUAAAGCCACUAGUCUUACCCCAACCAGACUACUAGACUUGUGCUAUUCAUUUAGGACAGAAUCGAAUUUUGUCCGAUUCAGCACUUUGUACACGUCUGAAUUUCCAACAGUGAAACAAAAACAAAUGGAUCCGUAACAAAUUGAAUUGAUUUAUUUCAGAUCCAUUUGUUUUAAUCAGCAUAACAAAUUAAGGAGCUGUCUACGAAACAUCUGGAAGAUCAAAAUUAAGACAUAGGACUUCUCUUCGUUUUGAUCUUUAACAGUUUAACAGAUAACAUCCUUAAUUGGUACUUUGUGACUGCCACAUUCUUUUAGUCAAUAAAUAGAAAUAAUUACAGUCUGAAUUUUGGAAAUGAAUAAAGUUUGGAUAAAAUUUAGUUUCGACCGAAUCAAUAUUUUCCGAAUUUUGGACAACAUGCAAAUGCAUAAAUGAACAAAUCGAAACUAAACAAAAUAAAAUUUCCCCCCACCCCUGUGCACAACUCUACAGACUACUACUCCCUGUGCCCCUUUGACUGUUCCCUGCUACAGCUCAUCACCAAGUCCAGAGGGUUGCAUAGUCUUAUAAGCUAGACAACUGUUGCAAUUUUAUCUUCCAGAUCUUUUUAAAUCCAAGGUCCAUGGUAGUUUGGGGCAGGUGGAGCUAGGACCCGCUUCUUCUUCCUUACCCUAUACCAGUGAUUCCCAAUUGGUGUUCGGCACAACCCUAGGGUUCCGCGAGAACAAAAUUGGGGAUCCGCAGUGACUUGCCCAUUGAUGAAGAAGGACCUGGUCAACGCCGCUGCCAAUUACUUGCGCGACCAGGUCCCUGUAGUAUGGGAUGCUGGGAGGAAGUGAUGGAGGACCAUUUCCUACCAGCUUCAUGUGGAAAACGCCGUGCUGGAGGAAGAGAGGCAGCAGCUUGCAAGUGUUUGUGUGGGGCAGUUUUAAUAAAUUAACAGUAAGUCUAGUAAUUUUUUAAGUGGUUCCCAGAGAGCGUAUUAACAUGUACCAAAGGUAGCAGUGCUUGUUAUAAAUGUUAUUGUUGUGUAACACCUGUCUAGCCUCAUUGAUCAUUUUCUUACAGUUCAUUUAGUAGCUUGCUCAGCAAUCUUCAAUCUGCUUACUAUCUGUAGAAAUAAUUGUGUAUAUAUACCAAAAAACUAAAUUUGCGAAAAAAAGAAAACAUUACACUCUGCUAAUUCAAACCAAACUACAUCUCCCUCAUAAGGAGUUUCUCUUAUCUUAUCUAAGAAUUUCUUGAACUCAUCUUUGAUGAAGUCCACUUUAGAAAGUAAUUCUUCUUUUCAGAAUAUCUUUAAUUAUAUGAAAGUUAAUAAAGUUCCUUCAAAGGCCACCAAUUUGAUUCAUAUUUCUGACCAAUAUCCACUAAAUAAGAUUAAUCGAUGGAAAAAAGAACUAGAUAUUGAUAUCACGAUAAUGAAUGGUGUUCUACUCUUAUAGACAUUCAUACAAAUAUAUCCAUUGUUUGAAUCGUAUAGAAUGUCAGUAUAAGCUUAUGAACAGAUGGUAUCUGACACCAGACAGGAUAAGUAAGAUGUAUCCCGGUCAACUCCCUCAUUGUUGGCGAUGUGGAUGUCUGGAUGGGUCUCUCAUCCAUAUGUGGUGGUACUGUAAAUUAGUAAAAUGUUUAUGGAGUUGGGCCUUCGAAAUUCUUAAAUCUUUCAAUAUCCUAAUUAAAAAAGGGCCUGACACAGCUUUAUUACAUUUAAAAUGGAAUUUAACCUCUUCUUUAUCUAAAGGUCUUGUAACUCAUUGCUUUCCAUCUGCUAAGAUUGUAAUUGCAAGACAGUGGAAGUCUUAUUUACCAUUCCAAAAAAGACAGUUUAUGGAUCAACUAUUAUUUCAGCUCCGUAUGGAAAAAUAUGUCUUGGCUUCAUCUCCCUAUACCAUAAAUAAACAGCAUUAUAUUAAAUGGAUCCAGACGUUACAAAAACAUCUGAUUAGAUUGUCUUUUUUGGAGAUGGGUAUUAGAAAAUGUCUAAGCAGUAGACAUUGCUUACCUAGAUUUCAGUAAGGCUUUUGACACUGUUGCACAUAGAAGGCUUAUCAAUAAACAGCAAGCUUUAAGUUUGGAUUCCAAUAUUGUUGAAUGGGUAAGGCAGUGGCUGAGUGACAGGCAACAGAGGGUUAUAGUUAAUGGAAUAUAUUCGAAGCUUGGACUUGUCACCAGUGGGGUACCUCAGGGAUCUGUACUUGGACCCAUGCUCUUUAAUAUUUUUAUUAGUGAUAUUGCAGAAGGUCUUGAUGGUAAGGCAUGUCUUUUUGCUGAUGAUACUAAGAUAUGUAACAGGGUUGAUGUUCCAGGAGGGAUAGGCCAAAUGGCAAAUGAUUUAGAUAAACUAGAAAAAUGGUCAGAAUUGUGGCAACUGACAUUUAAUGUGGAUAAGUGCAAGAUAAUGCAUCUUGGACGUAAAAACCCAAGGGCAGAGUACAGAAUAUUUGAUAGAGUUCUAACCUCAACAUAUGAGGAAAGGGAUUUAGGGGUGAUUAUUUCUGAUGACUUAAAGGUAGGCAGACAAUGUAAUAAAGCAGCAGGAAAUGUUAGCAGAAUGCUUGGUUGUAUAGGGAGAGAUAUUAGCAGUAGAAAGAGGGAAGUGCUCAUGCCAUUAUACAGAACACUGGUGAGACCUCACUUGGAGUAUUGUACACAGUACUGGAGACCGUAUCUUCAGAAGGAUAUUGAUACCUUAGAGAGGGUUCAGAGAAGGGCUACUAAACUGGUUCAUGGAUUGCGGGAUAAAACUUACCAGGAAAGGUUAAAGGAUCUUAACAUGUAUAGCUUGGAGGAAAGACGAGACAGGGGGGAUAUGAUAGAAACAUUUAAAUAUAUAAAGGAAUCAACACAGUAAAGGAGGAGACUAUAUUUAAAAGAAGAAAAACUACCACAACAAGAGGACAUAGUCUUAAAUUAGAGGGACAAAGAUUUAAAAAUAAUAUCAUGAAGUAUUACUUUACUGAGCGGGUAGUGGAUGCAUGGAAUAGCCUUCCAGCUGAAGUAGUAGAGGUUAACACAGUAAAGGAGUUUAAGCAUUUGUGGGAUAGGCAUAAGGCUAUCCUAACUAUAAGAUAAGGAUAGAAAUAUCGGGCAGACAUAGAUGGGCCGAAUGGUUCUUAUCUGCCGUCACAUUCUAUGUUUCUAAUAUGUCUGGUAGACUAUGUUCCUACUUAUUAACUAGAGUAAUUAAUAGUAUCAUUAGUAUUUUUAUAUUGACUUUGACCUGAGGUUACAAUUUUUUGCAGCAUAAUACUGUAUAUGUUAAAUAAUAAAUUGUUUUUAUAUUUGUAUAGACUAAUUGGAACUGUUUUCAAGUGUAAUGUUAUCCUUCCCUUUGUUAUUUGUUGUAAAUGAUUACAUGUAAAUGAUACUAAAUGACAAAUAAAGAAAUAAUAUGAAAAAAAUAAAAUAAAAGGUUACUGUUAUGGCGCAAAGAUUUUUGGGGGGUUCCACGAUGUUGGUACACUAUGUUAAAGGGUUCCACUGGAAUAUUUAAAUGGGAACCCCUGCCCUACACAAUUGGUAAGGAUUGAGUAUUACACAGCUGUGCAGGGAUUUUGGGAACAGAAUGUGCAUUUUUACACAUUGCAGACACUUCUAGUACUCCUGCCUGCUUUUAAAACUCCACACCUGACUCUGUGCACUUGUCAGGUGUAUGGAGUGUCCUAACACGCAAGUCUAUGUCAGCACAGAUGCAUAGCAAUGUAUUGUUAUGGGCAAAUGCAAAUAUUACAAGUUUUAGAAUGAAAUGUAUUUCUUAAACUGUGUACUUUGUCUUUAAGAGAUAUUGCAAACUGACAAGGUGUUAGAAAUGGAACAUAUUGUUUUUCAUAACUGUUUCUUUAAGCAAUAACCUCAGUGCAUAAUAUGUUUGCGCCAUUUUGUCAAAGACAAAUUACAAUAACAAUAAUGCAUAAACAAGCUUCAAGGCUAUGCUACGACUCUUUCAGUACGUAAUAUACUGUGGUAUCCUUAGUAAAUAAGGAUGUUAGGACUUUAAGAUGCCAUCUUGAACUAAGUCAGGAAAUUUCCAUGACGUAUGCACCCUUUAGUUAUGGCCUUGUAUGUUUGCCAAGUUAAGGGAGGUCCUAAAAUGAAUAAAGUAAAAUAAGUGUUUUUUCAUAUAUGAACUACGGUGACCCUAAAAUGAAGACACCUAAGGUAUAAAUAGGUGUACUUUUAAAUGUUAAGACACAGAGGAGAGACUUGGAGACAGAAGCUGCUCCAUCUUAAAAUGACAGAGAGGCUGACAUGAUGACAUGUUCAGAAGGGUAUGUUAACCUAUUAAUGAUAUUUGCAAGCAUGUAAUUUAAUCUUAUAAACUCUGCUAUAAUGGAUUUUAUAUGUCUAUAUUUAUAUUUUUAUAUAAUAAAUACCAAAAAGACAAAACUUUAUUGCUUCCAAGAUAACCUUUAUUUUAUAUUGUAUUCUCAAUUAUUUAUAUAUGUUAAAUAGAGGAUCUCUUACACUAACUAUAUAAAAUUAUGGCUAAGAUAUCUGUAUGGUUAGCCCUGCUAAGUUCUAUACUUUAAGACGUUCUAGUGGUAAAUAAGGGAACCAGCCGCGGUUACAAUUGGCGACCAUGAAGGGACAUUGUACUUGGAAGCUUUAAUUAUAAAAUAAUAAAUACCUAGGUAACCUCUUAUACGUAAGAGAAGACACAAUACUUUGUCAUGGCACAAGUCUUGAAAUAUCAAGAAUCUAAUGAGCUAUUUGUAGCCCAGACUCAGAGAGAGAUAUUCAUCAUUAGAGAUGAUUUUAAUGUGAACUUGUACAAGGCACUUUGAGUUCAGGUGCCAGGUACGUUGUAAUUAGCAUACAUUGCUGCAAUUGUGGAUCUUAAUAUCAUAAGAGAACAAAUAUACAUAGUUGGUAGACUCCCUAAUAUGCCUAAUACACCAGCACAGCAUGGUCCAUUAGUUCCAGGACAGUGGAUUGCAGACAGGGGGUAUGUUCUCUUUGUAACUGCUUAGUAUGCAUGCGCAGGAAAAAGAUGAAUGCAAAAUGUUGUCAAAAGAAAAGUGAUAAGACAGAGCGAUGAAAUUUGAAGUCUAAUUCCAAGAAUGCAAAGAAAAUUGCAUUAUGGCUUAAUGAAAACAUUCAUGACACAGAAGCGACAGACAGACAGUCCACUAUAUAAGAAAAGUUUUAUAAAACAGUGAUAAUUUCCAUAUUGUCAGUUACGCCAGCUGUUGAUUGAAAAUCAGGAAUUAUAACACCAUAACUAUUUUUGGAGCCUGGAGUUUCCAGCCAAGGUUGCGGAGAUACAGAGACAUGUAAACAUUGCUUCCAUUCCAAGGAAUUGAGAAGUCGUUGUUUUAUAUUCCAAAUUAUGAACAACAUUAUUACAUACAGCCAUAAAGAGAAAGACGUGGCUUUUAAAAAAAAAAAAAUAAUUGCAGUACAAUGCAGUACACUGCAGCAUAUAUUUUAUAUACUAUAUGCUAACUAGCUCAUAUUUGUUUUCUAAACAGAGUUGAAAUUAUACUACCCUCCUAGAAAAUCUGUUAAUAUCAAAAAAUAUAACAGAAAGGCAACAGGUGGUUAUACAUCCUUUGCUUCUCUAAAUGCUCUGCAAAAAUAAAUAAAUAAAUAAAAAAAAAAAAAAUAUAUAUAUUACCACAAUAUAAGCAGUCACAAUAUAAACAGCUUUUUGAAACAGAUUUAAGUACAAGUACUUAUGACAAGAAAUAUACAGAAUCUGUUUAUAACAGGCAGGUUUAGUAUAAAUCCAAAGUUGUUGUUUUUUGGGGAUUUAUUAUUGCCCAAGAAAUCUCUGAACAUAUUCAGAAUAUUUGAGAGCAGCAAGAAUAGAUAGCAGAUUGCAAUGGACACCAUUACAAUAUUGCUUUGCCGAUUGUGGUCAGAGUUUUAAAGAAUAAAUACAUAAAUGUUCUAUAGCUCGCUAGACCACUGGCUUUUAAUGAACAGUUGGCACAACACUUAUAAAAUAGUUUGUUAUACUGCACAUUAUAGCUGUGACUAUAAUAAUAUACAGGGUAAAAAUGCUAUGUCACUGUUUAAUAGACUUACCCUGUAUCUAAGGAGACAUGUUUCUUGCAAAGUAAUCGAGACUUUGAGGGAGGUUCUAACUACAUUUAAUUAAUUAAUUUACUAAAGAAAAAAAAAAGAAAAAAGGUUGUUUUUUUUUUUCCCCCUGCAAGUGAAUUUUCAGCGUAAGGUCAUUUUGUGUUCAAAGACUAUUCAGUGUUUUAAAAAAGCUGUUCUUUAUCUCACAUUAUGAACAGCCUUGUAAUUCCUAUGCACACUAAAAGUUGGCUUCUAAAUGUUAUCGUUUUAACUUUAAUAUUUCAUAGUUAAUACAGAUGAUAAAGUAAUUUAAAGAAAAUAGAUUGAAAGUAUAUUAAAUGAUAGGAUUUCAUUUAUCUAUUUUGGUCCACUGCUCACUGAUCUCGAGUCUCAGUCUGGUGUUCAAACAGUUUUUCUUACGUGAGUUUAUAUCCACAACUGCAUUUUGCUUUGUGAUAACAAAUUGAAAGCCUGGCAUUGUAAUACGUGUAUGGGAAUGCUUAUAACAAAGCAUGGUCCCUCUACUCACAUAGUUGGUCAUUAACAGGCACUUUGAUGCAAUGUGUCUACCAACGCUUUUCAGGCUAUAGACACCAGAACAACUACAUUAAGCUGUAGUGGUUCUGAUGACUAUAGUGUCUUUUUAAAUUUAGAAAUAAAUUCACUAGUGCUCACAUGACAUCAGUAUGUACCGUGUUACUGGUAAUUUUUUUUUAGGAGUGAACAGAGAAAUACACCAGUUUAGAUGCCAAGUUCUAAAAUAGACCAGGAAUCCUGUGAGCACAUAAUACUGUGCUUUAGAGAGUUUGAAAAUAUUUGUCUUGCAUUUCAAAGAUUAAUAGUAUGUACAUAUUGUCAACAUACGAGUGACGCAUAGUAUUGCAUAAUUCAUUAGAACAGUCCCGUCUUUAUUCUCUAAUUUACAGCUAUAUCUUUAUUGGAUCAGACAAUAAACGAUACAUCUAGCAGUAAAAUGUUUAAGAUAAAAGCGUGACCCAAAUAGUUUUCAAAGAGCUUUUUAUUUUAUUUACUUUCUGCCUGUUUGAAGAUAACAUUAAAUUCACAAAAUUUCCCCUUUCCCGUACGUUAUCUGAGCUGAUGAUGAAAUUCGUCAGAGUGGGGAUUAUUUCACCUUAAGAUUUAUUAUUAGUUCCAUAUUAUUUUACAAAAUACAUCUAACAGGUGCUGUUGGUGAGGGUGUUUGUGGGCUGAAGCCCCAGAUGUGGCAUUCUUUAGACCCAGAAUUUUACAGAUAGUGAAAGGGACAGAGGGAUAUUAGCGUUAUUUAAAUUUAUUUUACUCCGAGCUGGAGCCUGAUAUAAAAAGACCACUAGUAUAGUGCUCCACAAGGCUGAUUUGGUUGGUGACUUUUAGGAGAGGUUUGGGGAGAGGGGUACCUAUAAAUUCCCGAGGGGUCUGUAGAUAGUGUUGAUGAACUGUUUGAUUUGUCUACAGUAUGUUUGCUGCUUAUGUUUAAUCGAAAGUGUAUACUCUAAUUUGAAGGUACUUAAAGGGACUCAGUUUUAGGAAUGGGGAGGGGGGGCAAACUGCAAAACAAAUUAUUUAUCCAACCCGAACUCGCCUCAAUGCUCUCGUUCUACCGGGCAGUGGUUUUACCACCAAACAAGUCAUUUACUGCAAUCCCCCUGAAAUUUACUUUGAAUUUCUAACAAGUUAAACUUUUUUAACAACCCUGACGAUGGUAAUAGGCAUUUUGGUUUUCAGCGACUAUUUACCUCUGAAGUUCUUCCUUCAGAAUGUUUUACAACACCGACCGAAAGGUUCUACUUCCAGAGUCAAAUACGCCAUUUUAUCGCACACCCAGACAUGAGAGUUUUCAGUUCUCGUUUUCCAGGAGGGAGAAAGGGGAAAGUACAUGAGAAAGUGAAGCAGAAAAACCUUUAUAAUAGAACAGAUUGCAAAAGAAGGUAUCUUUAGGUAGGAAUAGAGAAGCAGCAGGUCAGAUUCAUUAAAAAAAAUUCUUCCACAAAAAGACCGUCCUGAGAAAGAGAGUGGACAGCUAAAGGCUCUAAGUUAAGAUUCAGAAAAUUUAAAGGAACACACCACUGCCCAGAUACAAAAAAAACAAAAUAUAAAAAUAACUGUUUAGUACAGGGGUUCCAAACUAAAUUUUCCCGUGGAACCCUUUGACAUAGUGUAUCAACAUCAUGGAACCCCCCACAUUUUUUUUUUUUGGUACGUGCUGGUGUGUUAAGGUGUGUAUAUCUGUGCUUGUAUGUGCCAGUUGUAUAUCUGACACACAGAUACACAUUGACACACACACCUUGACACACAGUGUGUAUCUGUGUGUGUGUGUAUCUGUGUGUGUGUUUGUGUUUGUAUGUGUCUAUGUAUCAAGGUGUGUGUAUCUGUGUUUGUAUGUGCCAGUGUGUAUGAAUCUGACAUUGAGAUACACACACUGGCAGAUAGUGGCAAACAGAUACACACACACUGACACAGAUACACACACCUUGACACACGGUGUGUAUCUGCGUGUAUGUAUGUAUCUAUCUGUGUGUCAAAGUGUAUGUAACUGUGUUUGUAUGUGUCUGUGUAUCAAGGUGUGUAUCUGUGUUUGUAUGUGCCAGUGUGUGUGGAUCUGACACACAGAUUUGCACACUCGCAGAUAGUGGCACACAGAUACACACACUGACACACAGAUACACACACCUUGACACACAGUGUGUAUCUGUGUGUGUCUGUGUAUAUAUCUGUGUCAAAGUGUGUGUGUGUGUGUGUUUGUAUGUGUCUGUGUAUCAAGGUGUGUGUAUCUGUGUUUGUAUGUGCCAGUGUGUAUGAAUCUAACAUUCAGAUACACACACUAGCAGAUAGUGACACACAGAUUCACACACCUUGAUACACAGUGUGUAUAUGUGUGUGUAUAUAUAAAUCUGUGUGUCAAGGUGUGUGUAUCUAUGUUUCAAAGUGUGUAUAUCUGUGUUUGUAUGCGCCAGUGUGUGUAUCUGUGUCAGUGUGACACACAGAUACACACACACACACACACACACACACACACACUGACACACAGAUACACACACACUGGCACACAGAUACACACUGACACACACCUUGACACACAGAUACACACUGACACACACACACACUUGCACCCACGGAUACACACUGGCACAUACACACACUGACACACUCAGGUGCACGCAUACAGGCACAUACAAACACACUGAUACAUACUGGAACAUACACACACUUAGAUACACACAGUGACACACAUACACACACAGACACAUACUUUUUGACACACACAUACACUCUCACUGACAAACACACACACACUCUUUGACAAACACACAUACACUCUCACUGACAAACACACAUACUCUUUGACAGACACACCCUGCGGUCCAAUGGGGCUGCUGAGCAGCUGGCGUGCGGGCGGCGAGGGAGCAGUGAUCUCCCUGCUCAGCUCCUUCGUGCGCCUUUUAGUGAUGCCGGAGUGAUGUCAUAUUCCGGCUCCAGAAUCACUGCUGUGCGCGAGGGAGCUGAGCAGGGAGAUCACUGCUCCCUCGCCGCCCACACGCCAGCUGCUCAGCAGCCCCACUGGACCCCGGGGACUGCUCGCCAGCAGCCCCACUGGACCACAGAGUCUGUCUGUUAAAGAGUAUGUGUGUGUCUGUCAAAGAGUGUGUGUGUGUUUGUCAGUUAAUUUAUAAUAGUGCCAAUUUCUAUUAAAAGCUGCACUUUUUGUAAAUUGAAAAAGAGAAGCAUGCUAAAGUUCUUUAGGUGUUUUUUUCGAGGGAUCCUUUAAAUGGAGGUGUCUAGAAAGUGCAGGCUAGUGUUAUAUAGUGUGUAAAUAUUGCACAGGCAGAAGAAACUGUGCACCUCUAAGUUCUAAAACAGCAGCGAGCAAAGAGGUUGGAUUUUCACUAAAUCUAAAGUGUGAAUUGUUGGGAAUUCAAAGUGCAUUUCAAAUUUGAAGUCAAAUUAGCGAAAGAAAAAAUGUAUUUCUCAGUUGGAGAAUGUUCGCGAUUUAGCUAUCAUUGCCUAAAAUGUGAAAAUGACUUUGAAUUUACUGUGAAUUCCCUAAAAAUCAUGCGUUAAAGAAUAACCCUGUGACAGUUAUAUAUGCCCAUUACUUUGCAGCUGUCUGUGAUGAGAAAAUAAGGCCCAAAGUCCACUUCAGCGUAUACUGUAUCCCAUAUCGGUAUCUUAUUCCGAACAACUAGAACCCUGUCCGUAAGUAAAAGCAGUUUAUCUGAGAUCUGUGAGAUACUUAUUGAAGGCUGGUCUUCUAAGAUUUCAUGGGUCUCAUCUGUUUUCACUUAAAUAUAAGUCAUUGCUAUGGAAUUUUGCCGCACAGGGAAAUUCCCUCUACUAGUCCAGGCAAAACCACAUUAUCCAAAACAUCAAAUCAUUAAAUGACAGUCUCUGGGGGCUGUUUGUAAAAGUGAAACCGAAAGUGCAGCAUAAUCAGAGUGCAUAAAUUAAAUGACAGCUGAGAUGGACAGACAGCAAGGGAUUUAUUCACUAAACACCAAAUUUUGAAUGGAUAAAAUUCUGUGAAAAUUACUGGAUUCUAAGUGAACUGGCUAUUCACGGAUUUACUAAUUUUUGCAAGUGAAGCUAUUAAAGGCCGGACUAUUUGUAUGCAGGAGAGAUAAUAGUUUGGAUAUUUAAAAUUCGGGCCUGCAUUUUUAGUAGGGAAGGGUGGUGGUAUCUGAGACAUGGGCUUCCUUACUUUAGUGUCUAAUUAAUUCAUCAGAGAUAAAUUGUCAGAGCGAUUGCAAAAAAGUGAUUAUAUGCAGAAUUUUGUGGAUUAUUUAACUGUUUAGUGUCCUGUUGCAACCCUCAUUUAGGAUUAUACAGUGUAAAAUUUUAAAGUAACAAUUUUGUUAAUUAAAAAGCUGCUGUCAUCUGUUUUGCUUGUUUUGAUAAACAUUGCUUGGAGAAAACUACACAGACAGGGUUGAUACCUUUGCUAUAUAGACAUAUUAGCUCUAUCUCCUGUUAAUGGGGUAGACUUAGAUAUGUGGAACAAUAGGAAGUGACCUGGGAGAGGAGAUAGAGGGAGAGGACUGAGAGAAGAUCUGGAGGUUUGCUCCAAAACCUCUGAGUGUGUGAGAGGAACAAUUGUAUAAAUUGUUUUUCCGGUGGUACAUUUAUAAUUUUAUUUAUAUAGCGCCAUCAAAUUCUGUAGCGAUGUACAAUGGGUGGACUAACAGACAUGUAAUUGUAACCAGACAACUGGACAUACAGGCACAGAGAGGUGGAGGGCCCUGCUCAAUGAGCUUACAUGCUAGAGGGAGUGGGGUAUAGUGACACAAAAGGGUAAAAGUAGGGAUACGAAGUCCGAAUAGUUAGUAUUGGUAAAGUCACUAGAGAUGAUUGUUUGCGGAUGUGCUGUUUGUGCACAUGUGAUGGUGUUGCUGUGAGGUCAGUAGUUUUUGGAAUGAAAGCUAUUGGUUGGUAGCCAACAUCUUUCAUAGACCACUAACCCUGGAUCAGUGGGUCUGAACCUUCAUAGCUCCUGACGCCCAGAAACAGAAGCUAUUAAACAAAAUGUCCCUUGCGGCUGGACAAGCCUUGGCUCAGUUCUAGAGGCAGAUUGAUGCUGCCCCAUGACACAGGUCAUUCUCAAACUGAAAGAUACCUUCUUAAUGGAUACAUUGACAGUGCAGGUUAUGAACACAUUGCCAGCUUUCCAGAUGAUUUAGCUCUCAUUGGAGUCUUACCAGAGCCAUCACAGAAUCCUAUCUCGGACUGGUUGCCUAGUGCUGACCAGUUCCCCGAGGCAAAACACUGUUUAAAAAAAAUUAAAAAAUGUACCUUCCCUUUUCAUCUUAAAGAAGCAGACAAGAAUUGCAAUGUACAGUACAGUAUUCAACAGUACACUGCCAUUGUGAAGCUUUGUUGUAGUGCUGUGUGUCCUUAAAAAGUUUUUAAAAAUAAAGCAGUUACAUUGCAGUUAAGCAACAAGAUUAGUUACAUCACAGUGUUUAACUUCAACUGAAAAUGUAAUGUCUUUUUUACAAAAAAAAUAUGUAUUUGGGGAAAUGAGACACAAAAAUGUAGGCAAAAACAAUUGAGGUUUAAGCUUUAGAUUACAAAAAUAUACUUGAAUAAUUCUUAUUUCCCAGUCAUUACUGACCUUUUUUUUUUUUUUUUUUAAAUUUAGGAGUAAGCUUGGUGUAGUGAUUCAUCCCAUAGCCCGACUAUCGCAAUAUGUCACCCUUAACCAGAAUUCCCACCGGAAAAAUGUUCCAAAAUCGUUUACAACCAUAAGUGGUUGUACAGUACUAUAUCGCUUGCACCGUGCUUUGUAGUGAUGUUCCAGUUCCAGAUAAGAGAAAUUCCAUUCUAUCAAAAUACCGAAGCACCAAUACAAGGCUCUGGGAAAAAUUCUAAAUAUACUCCGCAGCUGACCACAUUCCUCAUGCCCUUACCCAAUGCACAUUCUAUUUAGGAAAUGUACUUUAGUGAUAACCUACUGGUCCCACAGCAAGUUGCACGAGUUCCCUCUGAGACACGUAGCAUUUUCAGAAGAAUGAAUCUUAUAAGGCUCAAAUACUGGGGUAAAAUAAUUCUGACGUGUUAAUCAGUGAGAUGACAACUCAUAACCAGUUACAAGCUGUUAUAACCUGUGGGCAUCAGCAGGUAUGUGAACCUUUAUAUUUGCAGUGACCAUAAAAAUAUUGAAUUUAUCUGUUGGUGUUUCUAGAGAUGUACUUAACCUCUUAAGGACACAUGACGGAAAUAUUCCGUCAUGAUUCCCUUUUAUUCCAGAAUUGUGUCCUUAAGGGGUCACAUCAAUAACCCACGCGCUUUCCCAGGAAAAAAGAUUCUCCCUUUCAUCAUCCACCUAAAGCUUAAAAUGUAGACAAAUGUAAAAGAAGCAGUCUAAGCCACAUAAAUACUUCCUCUUGAUUGAGUGCUUACAUUGCCAAAACUCUCGAGUAUUUUUGUCAAACUGUUGACAAUAUGGGGCUAUCCCUGGCACACAGAGGCCAUCCCCUCUCCAGCCAUCUUAAUAAUGUGAAAUUGGGACAAUUCAGAAAAUCUGUAGGGCUCCCUAAACCAAACCCUACCCUAAUCAUACCCUAGCCCUACCUUAACCCUACCCUAACCCAACCCUAACUUAACCCUACCCUAACCUAACCCUAUCCUAACCCUACCCCAACCCUACCUUAACCCUAUCCUAAACCUUACACUACCCUAACUCUAACCCCUGUCAUCAUUCGCAUAAUUUUCCCUCCCUCUCUUUUUUUUUGCCAAUCCGAAGCACUUCGGCACUUCCGAAAUUCGGCACUUCGGCCAUUCGGUUCGGUUAGUGAUUGAACUUGACAUUAUAUAUGAGACUAUUCAGAGCUGGUCCAGAGUCAAGGGUUACAGAGAAGCACAACGUUGAGGAGCAAGUUAAAGUCAGGGAGUACAGAGAUCAAAACAAGAAUAAACAGACUGAUCUCUUGGGUAACAAAGACCAUGAUAGGACAAAGAGCAAUACCAGUCAUUGUCCUAAAUGGUUCAGAUACUGACAGCAUUGGCCAGUAUCAAAUCUGACACCAAAUAUAUGGAAUGGCGUUGCUGCAAUGACUUUUCGACUACAUUACAGGUUGAAGGUUACAGAAAGCCAAAUAAAUUAUUGAUGCUAAUAGGUGACAGGUGUGUCAUUGCUGUGUGUGUGUGUGUGUACGUGUGCAUUUUUAAGGUCCCUCUAAGCUAAAUGUUAAGGAAUUGUGCAUGUGUAUGUUUGUUAACCAUUUUUCUAGAUAUAUUAAUUUGAUGUAUAGUAAAUAGAGAACGUUGCCUGCACAUGUCAUUGGGUCAGAAGAGGUGUUCGUGCCGUUCAUUCUGGUCAUACACAAACAAGUUUUGGUCAUUUGUUAGAAAGGUGUGUCCAUGACCUUUGAGAUGAUACAUUUGUAAUCAAUAAAGUUUUCAAUAGCUCUGACAGUUUUAACCCCUUAAGGACCAAACUUCUGGAAUAAAAGGGAAUCAUGACAUGUCACACAUGUCAUGUGUCCUUAAGGGGUUAAAGGGCCUCAGUAAUUUUAAAGUUUUAAAACUCCUCUAUGGCGGAAUCAUGGUCCAGAAGCUUGAGUUCUCACCAAUCUGAUCCUGGUUAAUAAAGUGCUGUUGGAAAAUAUAGGAAUGUUGGGUAUGUGAUCUCGCCAUUGCCAUUAAUAGCUUAUCGUCAGCUGGUAAUGUGUUGAUAAAUAUUGUGUGAUUGUAAAUUCAUGAAUUUGUAGUGAACGUAAAUGUGAUUUUUUUUAAAAUAAAUUCUAUGUCAUUUUCUUUUUUUUUUUUAUUCGUAGUGAGCGGUUUGUGGGGUACAGAAUAGAAGAAGGGGAGGGGUGGGGAGGUCGAAAUACAUGUACUCAUCACAGUGUUACAUUGUGUUAUUUACAUUGCAUUUUUAACAUUUUCUUUCUUGACCUGAUACAAUUAAGUGUUAAUGAAGAUGUUUGCAAGCUUUGUUGAGUGCGGUCUGGGGUACGUAAAACAGAUUUAAUUCAGAAAUUGCUCAGAUAUUGAUUAUUUCCCUGGACCCCAAUUAUCAUAAGAAGUCAGGAUUGGCUCUUCUUCUUGGUUUACCCAGACAUUUAGAAUUACCGAGAUAAUAAAAUUCUGUUAUUCUCCCCCAUAUGGCUGUUGGAUUCAAGACACAUGAAAUUUAGUGGGCUCUCUAAGUUCCCCUAAAAACUUAUAGCGAGAGGGGUUCCAUGUCAUAUUUCAUCCGAUGUAAGGCAGGGUAUAAAAUGAUAUAACCAAGCAGGGGGACUGGUGGCCCCCCUUCUCCAAUGUUUGGGAUGGUUGAGCUUGUAUAAGGAAUUUACAGGUUCUCCCCCUAAUUUGUCUAGCUUGACAGAUUCAAGGGCAAGUAAAUUAUUAAUAAUUAGUUUAAUCAAUUUCAGUAUUCUUUUUCUGCAGGCUAAAAAUAUACGUGCAUAGCAAAAAAAUGCAAAUUGUGUUUUUUUUUGUUUUUGUUUUUUGUUAUAUUUUUCAAUUUAUUUAGACUGCUGUUCAGAUUUUAUUAAAUAUCUAUUUCCUGGAACUUCCCAAUCCUUUGCACAUGUUGCGUAAGAUCAUUGUCCACACAUGCUGGAUGUUUUUACCUGUAUAUGCAAACAAAAAAACAAAAUAAAUCUGAGAGGGUGUGGACUAUGAAAGCUAGCUAAUCCAGUGCAAUGGAGUACAGAUUGAGUAAAUUACCUGUGGUUGAGAAAAUUAUAGCUGGUUAAAGAAAUAUCUGUAAAUAACCAUCACAUAACCGGUGCUAUUUUGUUUAAGGCACGAGAUAUCUUGCCAACAUGUGACAAAGUUUCAUGUGUUCUUAUUCUUCAUUGUUCAACGCAGCAAAUUAUUUACCAUCAGGUGACAGAACCACUUGUGUUUGCCAUCUGUCAUAUUGCCAGCCAGAAGUCAUAUGCCAUCACAGCCUGGUUUAACCUGAUUCUGCAUGAUUUCUUUAUUUGUUGCUCUUUAAUAAUCAUGAUUUUCUGCUAAAUCAAUGAGUAAACAUUCCUCCCAAAAUAUUAACCAGGGGUUGCCAAGCUUUGACGCACCAGAUUUUGUGAACUACAUCACCCAUCAUGAGGAGAUGCAGUCCACAAAAUCUGGAGUGCCAAAGGUUGCCUACACCGAUUUAGACAGAGUGGUCAGGCAGGCCAGAAUGGUACAUGUUGGUGAAGGGGUGCUCCUGCCCCAAAAAUGGGCAUAUCAAACCAACACCGCCAGCCUCCCUCAGUGCAGUCCAUGCAUAGAGUUGAACGGCUCCCAUAUUGGCUCUGAGCUCAAGGUACUGGUAAAAGAAUCAUGCCAUCUAGGUUAACAAUGUUACCUAAAUAAACAUAUUUCUUCUUAAAAGGACACUACAAUCACUGGAUCAACUGCAGCUUAAAGGACCACUCUAGGCACCCAGACCACUUCAGCUUAAUGAAGUGGUCUGGGUGCCAGGUCCAGCUAGGGUUAACCCAUUUUUUAUAAACAUAGCAGUUUCAGAGAAACUGCUAUGUUUAUAAAUGGGUUAAUCCAGCCCUCAAAUCCUCUAGUGGCUGUCUCAUUGACAGCCGCUAGAGGCGCUUGCGUGAUUCUCACUGUGAAAAUCACAGUGGGAACACGCAAGCGUCCAUAGGAAAGCAUUGUAAAUUGUAAAUGCUUUCCUAUGAGACCGGCUGAAUGCGGAUGCGCAUUCAGCCGAAAGGGAGGAGAGGAGGAGGAUCGGAGGCAGAGAGCUCCCCGCCCAGCGCUGGAGAAAGGUAAGUUUUAACCCCUUUCCUCUCCCCAGAGCCCGGCGGGAGGGGGACCCUGAGGGUGGGGGCACCCUCAGGGCACUAUAGUGCCAGGAAAACGAGUAUGUUUUCCUGGCACUAUAGUGGUCCUUUAAUGUACAGUAUACAGCUUAGCCCCUUAAGGACCAAACUUCUGGAAUAAAAGGGAAUCAUGACAUGUCACACAUGUCAUGUGUCCUUAAGGGGUUAAAGGAUCACUAUAGUGUCAGGAAAACACACCCGUUUUCUUGACCCUAUAUAACCCUUAGGUCCCCCCCACCCUCAGGGCCCCCCUCCAUUGGCUCUGAAGGGGUUAAAACCCCUUCAGUUACUUACUUUAAUCCAGUAGCGGGCUCCCUCGGAGCUGGUGACCUCUCCUCCCCAGCCGUCAGCUCCCAACUGGAGCGGAAUGCGCAUGCACGGCAAGAGCCAUGUGCGCAUUCAAAUAGUCCAUAGGAAAGCAUUUCUCAAUGCUUUCCUAUGGAUGUUCUGCACGCUAAAUGCGAUUUUCGCAUCCAGCGUCGCAGAAGCACCUCUAGCGGCUGUCAGGAAGACAGCCGCUAGAGGCUGGAUUAACCCUGCUAUGUAAACAUAGUUUCUCUGAAUCUGCUAUGUUUACAUCUGAUGGGUUAAAACCUGGGGGACCUGGCACCUUGACCACUUAAUUGAGCUGGAGUGGUCUGGGUGACUAUAGUGUCCCUUUAAUGUAGUUGUUAUGGUGUAUAGUUUAUCCCUGCAGGCUUUUAAAUGUAAACACUGGCUUAACAGAGAAAAAGCAUUGUUUACAUUGCUGCCUAGUUCCACCUGCCUAGUCACUCAGACAGCCAAAUUUAAAGGGACACUAUAGUCACCAGAACCACUACAACUUAAUGUAAUCGUUUUGGUGUCUUUAGCCUGUCCCUGCAGGCUGAGCACUGUAAACACUGCCUUUUUAGAGAAAUUUGCUGUCUAGUUAUAAUUCUAGUGUCAGUCACUCAGACAGCCACUAGAGGAGCUUCCUAAUCUAAUGCUGCACAAUGUGCAGCACUGACAAUCAGCCUCUCCACGCUCUCUCACUACAACCGUUGUGGAAUAUGUGAAUUUCCCUUUAACUGCACAAGUUCAUAAAAAAUAUUCCACUAAGUGUAGCAGGGAUUUUUUUUUAAACAGAGAAAAGAUGGCAUUUGCUUGCAAUACAUGGAUGACAGCACUGCUCUUUGCAAUGGCUUUAACCCCUUAAGGACCAAACUUCUGGAAUAAAAUGGAAUCAUUACAUGUCACACGUCAUGUGUCCUUAAGGGGUUAAACAUUUGUUCCCGUCAGUUACUUGGGACUCUUUGCUAAACAGGUGACAACUGUCUUUCCAGAAUUUAGUGUCGAACUCCCAAAUUGGCAAAAUUCUACAAAUUGUUUAAAUGUUUUAAGUCAUCUGUGAAUCGCCCCAUCUUCCAGCGAAGUAGUUAAUAACUCAGGGUUUCUUAUCGCAGAGCGUGUCUAUUCUAGUAAAUUAAACGUAAAAAACACCCGGCAUUCAUAGAUUAAAAUAAAUAUAAGUUUCACUUUAUAAACAUGCUUGUUUACUAUUUUUUAAUUAUGUGCUUUACAUUUUUAUACCUUUCCCCCAGCCCCCCCAAAAAAAAGGGUGGUUCCCAACAUAUUAAAUUUGCCAUCAAAAAAAACAUCCCUUUUUCUUUUUUUAGUCUGAUCAAACAGACCAUUUCCAUGGCAGAUGUGCAAUAGUUGGAUUUCCCCAAACCCGGAAAUCUGCUCUGUUGAAACGUGAUGAAACAGCCAGGCUGUGGAAAGUGAGGGGGGAUUACUAGGCUGGAGGCUGGCUUAGUUAAAUCAUUAAUGACAUCACAGGCAUUAUAAAGCAUGCAUCUCGCUGCAGUAUUCUCAGUAACUAAUUUCAGCUUGCAACUCUUACAUCUGUAACCUUUAUCGGUAAGUAAAGCAUGAGUUUAAUUUUUUUUUAUUUUUUUUAUCUGAACAGUCAUCAGCAUAAUGCUAUACUGAGUAACAGUAACUCAUUCAGAUUAGUUGUCUGCACCAACUGACAAUUAAAAAAUACAUAAUACAAUAAUUACAAUACGGCAAACGUGGAAAGCUAGACUUUAUUAAAAUUGGCUGAAUGCACUGAAAUAUUUUUAAUCAUUGCUGUGAAAUGUUUAUAUUUAGAUUUUAUGCAAACAUGUAAUGUAAUGAUUAACUACGGUGUGAAAUUAAAAUGUUAUGUAUUAAAAUAAUAUGCAAAGAUAUAUCUACUCACACUGUGUGUGUAUAUAUAUAUAUAUAUAUUUUUUUUUUAUUUUUUUAUUUUUUUUUUUUUUCUUACUUCUUUAUUUUUAAUAUUGGUGAGAAAUGUGAUCAUUAUGUCUAAUAUACCUUUAAUGGAAAAUAUCACUUAUUUACAAUUUUCAUAUAUUUCUGCCUUUAUCUCUGGAAAUGGUAUCAACUUAUAUGUUAUGACGUUGUAUAUAUUUAAACGAGGCAUAGCAGUAAUGAGAGAUUUAUAAUUAAUUUGUUGAGAUUUUCUAUUUCAAUGACGAAAGUUCUCACUGCGCAUCUUGUAUCUAAAGGGAUGUAAUGUGUCUGAUGUUGGUGACAUCUCACAGGGCUUAACCUGUCUUUGACAGUUUGCGUAGAAUAGGAGUCUGGGCUUCAUAUGACCUGCCAGAUAUUUUUUAUCUUUUGGUUGUUUUUGGUUUAUUUUCUUCUACUUUCUUAAUUUCAUCUGCAUAUUGCCUUGGAAACUAUAUCGUGAUGUAUUUUAUAGUCUAUUAGUACGUUGCACCACAAAAUGGGAAGCACUGUAAACAAAUGGGGUUUUUUUUGUUUGUUUUUUUUAUCAAUUUACAUUUCCACCUGGUACAAAGCCAAUGAACAGUAAACCUGGCUACACCAGAUUUCAACUGCUAUCAUGCUAAGGCAGCCACAAUUACAGGGUGAACAAUUUCUAGCACAAACAUUUGUGUUAUAUGACCUAUAAAGAUGCCAGUUGGUCAAACAUCUGUCUUAUCUCUCCCCAGCAAUUUGGGAGCAAAGUACUAAAAGUGGAUGAAUGAGUUUGGAAAACAGUGGAAUGUUACUAUUAUUAGCUGCACUUACAGAAUGUUGCCCCCAAUAAACUGUCACUAAAGGUUUAGUGACAUAAGAAGGGAGUCGUCGUUGUUUAGACCAAAGUAGCAGAGUUAGAAUGAAUCUACAAAUUGGCUUAACUGGGAUUUAUUUUCAUAAAUCAACUGUUUUUUGCCCUGUAUUUGCAAGUCGACAGUAUAUUCACUAAGCUCCAAAUUGUAGCAAAACGAUAUCAGAAUGGCAAAAUCUAGGCAAAAAAAGCAGAAAAAUUCUCAAACGUAGAACAUACUCUCACAUUGGCUAUUUGAGCAUAAAUUUAUGGAUUUCAUUUUGCUGUAAUUUAGAAUUUAGUGGAUAAACCCCACAUCGUUUGGAUGAAAUACUUGCAAUGGCAGAGUAAUGUGCGGCUGUAACUGUAACUUGUUGGAAAUCAUCUCGGGAUUGCGAAUGCAAAACAAGAAUAGCACAGUUGGGAAACUGAAUAUUUACAAAUUCAUUUUGUCUGAAUUUUACAAUUCUCUUUUCAUAGUUUAGUCAAUAAUCCCAUCAGAGGGUACAAAGCGCUGAAACUUGCUUUUGAAUGCGUUACCUGAAGGCAUCACCUGUCAGAUUGCAAGUUAUAGGGAGUCGACUUACUCCUCCGGAAACACAGAGAUUUCCAUAUAUUCCGUAACACCCAACACAUGUACAAUGUGACUAUGAGCCUGCUUUUCAUACAUUAACAUAUAUUCUCUUCGAAGUCGUGAGGGCGAUGUCUAUCCAUUCACACUCUCUUUUUUUAAAUUUUUUUUUUAAAAGCGAGCAGGAAUUCGCGUUUGUAUUCUGUGGUUGUUUGCCAAAUAAUUUUGGAACGCUCCAGAUUGAGCUAAUACUUAGUGCGAUGUUUGAGCAUGUAAAAACUGGUUUUCUGAGUAAAUGUGUCGCAAUAGGUCAUCUGUGUGCAUGGCAAGAUUGUGCCAAAAAAUAGUUUUUAGGCAUGGCCCAUCAUUACUUUAUUAUUAACAUAGCUACUUUACUGGAGACACACAUUGUUAUCAGCAUAAAUGUGAAGAACAUAUAAUUAAUUGUUGGUCACUCUUCUUGCGUGCUAUCGAGCAGUGAUUGCUAAACUUGGUACUGCACAUAUCUGUAAACUACAUUACCCAUGAUCCCCAGUCAUCCAUUCAGUUACUGCUUUUUUUUCUGCGUAACGCAAUGCAUAGCACUAAAUGUCACUUGUUUUUUGUUUUUAUUUAAAAUAAUUUUUUAUUUUUUUUUAUAUCAGAAUAUAUAUCCAUUUAUGAAGAAAAUACUAAGGACAAUGUUGAAAUCUGAAGGAAAUUUUUCUGAUCAAAACAAAGACGGCGUCCAAACGGCCAAAAAGAAAGGCGUAUUUUGUAAGGGACCUUUAAAAUACAUCGGAAAGUACUUCUCCAAAAAAACAGACGACAAAUCUACUAAUAUUAAUGUCAAAAAUGAAGACUUUAAAGGUAGGUGAAAUGUACAUGUACUGGAUUCUAAGUAUAAUGUAUUAGCUAGAUUAGGUUUAUGAAAGUCAGAUAUUCUUUAGUACAAUUAAUUCAAGUAUUAGUCUCGUUUUGUAAACUAAAAACUGUACUAGAAAUAUUUCAGGGCAACUUUCUGUGUGAUUCAUUUCUUUGAAAAACGUUAGAAUGUUUACGUUGAUUGCUCGAGUUUUAGGAUUCUGUUUAAAAAAUAUUUACAUAAACUGCAAGUUGUUGCAACUGUUUGGUCUAAAAUUGCAACACAGCUGUUACCUACUAUACAACUCUGUGUGUUUGUUUGCAUGUUUUCUGUAAAAGGCAUUUAGAGCAGAACCUCAUACUUGGCAUUCUUCCCAAAAUUAUUCACAUCCUUUCAAUGUCAGAGAAGAAUUCUGACAAAGACCCAGGUAAAAAAAAAUACACCACAACAUAAUAAUGAUAAUACAUAUAUACGUACAAAUAUAACCAUACUGAAUACACCACAACAUAAUAUAGAUAAUAGACAUGUGCAAUUUGUUUUGGUCCGAAUGUAAAUUUGGAAGAAUUUCGGCAAUUCGGACAUUCGGAUGUUUCCGAAUGUCCAAAUUUCCGAAUUUCUGAAGUGUCGAACCGAACCAAAGUGCCGAAUUGCUGAAAUCCCUAUUUUUGGAAGUACCGAACCGAACAAAAUUUUUUGCCCAUGCACAUCCCUAAUUGAUAAUACAUAUAUACAUACAAAUAUGACCAUACUGAAUAUACCAUAACAGGAGUUUUCUUUUUUACUAUAGUCAAAACAUAAAGGGUAUAAUAAUUUAUUAGUAUAACAAUAAAUAUACAAUAUAUAAGUAUAAUGAACUAGCCUUUAAGUUUGCUAAGAAGUAAAUAGUAAGUCGAUGACGAUGACUUAGUUCCAAAAGCAGCUAGCUGCCCAUUUGGGAGAAAUCCAGUGUGAUAUAUUGUAAAAUAAAUAAAAUGGGAUGUUACCUAUUCUCUAGCCAGCACUUGGUGUCUGUGCAUACCGCAAGCUUUCUAGCCAUGUGUGUGGUCUGACUCCAGAUUUAAAUGUGCCAGUACAUUUCACAAGAUUUUAACAUAAGCCAAAAGAUCAAAAAUGAAACUAAUGUCACAUCCAGAAUUAUAAAAUAUGUGAAGAAGACUUUAAGGCUUUGGAUCCAACAAGAUUAGUCAGUAAAUGGGGAAUUUUUCCGUUUGGAAAAAAAUUCCAAGAUUAAAACCAGACGAUAUGGAGAAUCAGGGGCAAUUACCGGAAUAGUAAAAAAAACCCUGACAGAUGUGAAACGGUUCAGUGAUGGAAGAAGGCCAUGAACAACAAUACUGCAGUGCUACAGAGAGCAAUUGCAUUCAAUAAAUUCUUGUACGCUUAACAACAUUUGAAGCUGUUGAAUGAGUAAAGAAACGCUUGCUAAAGCGCACAUGUAGGUAGAUAUGAGGAAUAAAUGGCAAAUGAAUUUCAAUGUAAAAUUAAAAGCAGCAAUGAGACAAACAUUUACAGUCUGAUAUGUUAAAGGAGCACUCUGCGCACCAUAACCACUACAUCAUACUGUAAUGGUUAUGGUGCCAGAAUUUUUAAAUGGUUUGCCACAAAUGAAGGUCCCUCGGAUAAACUAAGGUGGAAGUUUCACUUCUACAUUGAAAAUAUCAAUUUCUAAUUACUGGGAUAGAGUUCAUUGAUUCAGCUCUCCACCGACAUGUUCAGCUAACGAACACCUUUCAAACUUUGUCAAAGUUUAUUUUGUAAGUAAGAGGUGAACCCUUUAAUUAGCAAUAUGGACAUUAAGUGCUUGUUGUUGUUAUGGUUUGAAUGAAACGAAAGCAUAAAAAUUGUGCAAUGACUGACGGAGACAUUAUUUUUUUAAAAACAAUCUUAAUGAUUUCACAGACUUAAUUACAGUUAUUAAUUACAGAAUAUAAAAAGAAAUACAUCAUGUUGAACCGAUGUGAUCUUUUAUCCCAUAAACUUGGAUUCAGCGAGCUAAGACAAAAACUAAUAUUUAGUUGGCAGAUUACCACGUCAUCAUUCACUCAAUUGUAUCUAUGGCAACAAUAUUAAUAAUAUUACAUUAUAUGUGAGUUAUUCAUUGUAUUGAUGUAUACAAGAAUUGAAUUAUUGUUUCAGCUAACACAUUGGACUUGAUUUAACAUUUUUAGAUACGCUUUUAAAAUCAUCGCAAUCUUUUAGAAAAACCUUUUUACUUAGCGACCGAAAUUCCUAUAGACUUUGAUGGUGACUUCCUUAAAAAGUUUGAAAAGUUUUUUUCUAACAGAUUGUGAUAAUUUGAAAAGCAUAUUAAAGAUAAUUAAGCCAAGGCCAUUGUUAGUAAGCUAUGUGAAUGUAUAGAUCUAUUAAUACGUCUCUUUGUAAUGUAUGGCAUCUAUUGUAAGGGCAUUUAUAGCACUGUAAUAGAAAAGUGAACUAUUUACAUUGUAAAAUAUGUUUCUCCCCAAACAGAUGACAACGCCGCAGAUUCCGAAUCCAAACCUGAAGAAGUUACAGGUAAGACACUCUGUAAUGCAAAGUUCAUAUAACAAGAGCUAUCUGAGGCUAAAAUAUAUGUUUUUCAAAGAAAAUAUGGUUUAUCAUGACUUUCCAAAUUUCGGCUUUGUUUGCCAUAGUUAUAUAAUAUCAAAAUAUUGUUUCUCUUCUCAGAAACAAAUAAUAAUAUACAGAUUAGGUCUGCAGAAAAAUGGAGCAAUCACCAUGGAAACCAACUUUGCCCCAAAAAACUAAUUGUUGAUGUUAAGUUUCUUUCAAUGAGAUUAUGUGGUUAUAGUGCCCAUGGGGUCCCUUUAAUUUUGCAAAUCUCUCAAGUCACCACAUUUCCCUUAGGUCAUCGUUAUCGUUCUCGUUCUUCUGUCAAUUAAAACAACUCAUACCCUGUGCAUGUCAGAGAAAAGUGGGAUUGCAUUUAGUUUAGAAAAAGUAGCUAUUCUCAUUUAAAAAAAAUCACAAAACGUUUAAAGGACCACUAUAGUGCCAGGAAAACAUAUCGUUUUCCUGGCACUAUAGUGCCCUGAGGGUGCUCCCACCCUCAGGGACCCCUUCUGGCCGGGCUCUGGGGGGGAGGAAGGGGUUAAACUUACCUUUUUUCCAGCGCCGGGCGAGGAGCUCUCCUCCUCCUCUCCACCUACGAUCCUCCUCCUCGUCUGAAAGCGCAUGCGCGGCAAGAGCUGCGCGCGCAUUCAGCCACUCCUUAGGAAAGCAUUCAUAAUGCUUUCCUAUGGACGCUGGCUUCUUCUCACUGUGAAAAUCACAGUGAGAAGCACGCAAGCGCCUCUAGCGGCUGUCAAUGAGACAGCCACUAGAGGCUGGAUUAACCCUAAUAUAAACAUAGCAGUUUCUCUGAAACUGCUAUGUUUAUAGAAAAAAGGGUUAACCCUAGCUGGACCUGGCACCCAGACCACUUCAUUAAGCUGAAGUGGUCUGGGUGCCUAUAGUGGUCCUUUAAUGCUCAACAUAGGUACAACUUUUUUACCAUCUAGAUUUGGCAAAGAGCGAGCAUUACAAAAAUAAACGAUUCAUUAAGUAUUACGUAUAACACAUGUAACAUUCAACAUAGUCCAGGGCAGAAUAGAAGAUUCUAAUCUAUUGUGUCAUUAUAAUUUACGAAAUCAGAAGAAUCAAUUAAAUCUCUGGUGGUUUUCUAUGUAGGGGAAGGGGGAGAGAGAGGGAGAAAGAAAGUAUAAAAAAAAGAAUUUAGAAGAGGAGGGAGAUGGCCAUAUGUUUGAAGAUUUUGUAAGGCUACGAGCCUUUUUUGUAUAUAAUACUACAUAAUGUGACAUCUAAUGAUGAAUGUUUUUCAUGUUUUUAUUAACAGUUGAACUUAUUCAGAAAAAUAUUGUUGAGAGAAGAUUGUUGAAAGCCAGCAAAGAUCUGAUUAUCUUAGAAAAUAAGAUGUACAGCAAUACAGAUGAAGAACUACACAAAAUGAAAAAUAAAGAACUGGAAUUUCUGUAUGAUGAACUAAGUGCGAAGGUAUUCACAGUAGUGAAAGAAUCUAUUGUAGAAAACAAUGAGAGAUUGCUGAAAGAAGCUGUUCAGGCCAUCAUAGAACAAGAAAAAGAAGAUAAAAAUGUGUUGGAAAAUAAUUCAAUGCCAUCCAGUCCUGUAAGACCAAGAAAAUGGAUGCAGAAAUGGCACGUCUUGGUCAGUGAAUCAGUGGAAGAACGGAUGGGGAAUUUACCUGGAAUUUCCCCAAACGAUUCCGGCUCUUCUUUCUCCCGGACUUUUGCAAUUCUAGGAAAGACCAUUAAAACAGAUCUAACCCAUGUGGUCAAGAAUCUCAAACCGCAUUACCCAACAGCAGAGUUUGAUGUGUGCAAUAUCUACGCAAAGUGCUAUCACAAAUUUUUGAAAACCCACAUUGAAAAUAUUACCGAAUUUGAACUCACGGGAAAAGAUAGUCAUUUUAUCCUGAGCCUGGUACUCAAUAUCUACCCCAAGUAAGUCACAAAUACUGUAUUUUACAAUUUAUCUGGCUUAUAAAUAGAAGUAGUCAACAAGUUGCUCUCCAAAAGAAAAGGCAACACUUCCAUAAGAUUUUAUGUGAAAUCAAAAUUUCUUAAGGCAUUUGGCAAAGCACAGUCAAAGGAAUGCUGUAGUUGUUGGGUGUUUCUUGGCAUGGACCUAACUACCGCUAAUCUUGGGUUUCUGUCAUGUCCCCACCGAAUAUUAACACUUAUGAAAAUGUAAUAGGUUGUUCGGACCAUUGACCUUCUUGCCAUCUUGGUAUAUGUCCUUAUUGCCGUCUGUAGCUCGAACGCUUGUAGAAAUAAAGAAAUUGGUGCAAGUGAGCAAAAUUAUCACAUAGGAGAUGCUACAAGCAAUCCAUGGACAUAGGAUGUCCUAAUAGCAUGUUGAUUUCAUAUUUAUUUCAUAAUGAUAUAAUGGGGACCCAUUCAUGUUAUAAUUAUGUCCCUUCUCCUAUUCUAUCAUAUCAAUAUAUUUAAAGACCCAGUUGUGUUGUAGGGAUAAUUGUAUGGUGUAUCUUCUUUAACUUUACAUUAAUUAUAUUUUGGGAGACCUGUUGCAAACAGGUUUAAUUUUUCACUCUAUCAUGUCAAUGUCUUGGAAGACCCAGUUAUGUUAACCUAAUGCUCAUUCAUUUAUUUAUCACAGCAAUAUAUUGGGAGAUCCAGUUCUGACUGAUCACAUACAAGCGACAAAAUUGGAAAGGCUUUUAACGCUACAAAAGAUCAGAGAACUGAAGAGCAUUUACAUCCCUUACGAAGUGGUAAGGACCUUUACUUCAAUAAAAUGUCAAAGGGACUUUAUAGCAAAGUUUCAAUAAGUUAACGCCUCUUUUAUAAUUCUGUGUCUAUCUUAUUCCAUUUUAUAAAGGAGUCUGUAAGAGAAUGGAUGGUCAAAAGCCUAAAUUUAGAAGUUGAACGCUGGAAGGAGGGGUUAGAACCCCUGAAGUUGGGCGAUUGCUACCAUUCAGAGUUGCAUAUAGAUGUUAUUCAGGUAAGAUAAAUUUCCGUUCGAUUUUAUUGUAUUUCUAAUAUUUUGUGUACAUAUUUAUAUGGAUUAAAUAUUUUGUUUUUCUCUUAACAGAGUUUUGAUGGAGGAAUUCAAAGGGCGGCAGAAAUCACUCAACAAAUGUCGAAUAAUAUGAUACCUUUACUGUCAAAUGAGCUGGUCGAGUUUCUGAAAAGGUGAUUUUAAAUGGAGAAAUGAUUACAAGUAGAAUACUUCAAUGUCCUAAUACAGAUCCAAUGGACACACAUUGUGCUGCUUAUCCAUAAGACGUUUCUCAUACAAUACAUAGUUCAGUAUUGGUAUGACAUGGUAGACCACAUCCCUACAUCUAGUCCUGUGAUGGUACCUUGUGUGACUCUAGUUCUUGUAGACUUUGCUUCCCAAGUGGUUACCCAAAACGUCUGGGGAAUCGUAGUCCACAGCAACUGACAUUGGAAAUAUUAACAAUCACUAGGAAAUCAACGCAGCACACUAGUGUGCAAAUAUGCCAACAGAACAACCAUUAAUUGGUUAAUGCUUCAAUGCAGUCUCAAAUUGUAGAGUCACUGUUCCAUAUCCAUCAGUGUUAAUUCAGCUAUUCAUCCUUCUGAAGUUAAGGUGGUAUAAAAAAAAAUGCAAUAUUAAUUUCUGAUGUGAAAUCGGAGCUAUUUUUAUUUUUAUUGCCCUCGACUUUCAUUUAUGUUCCAUUUAAUGACUAGCAGGGAUCAUCAAUGGUUGAGUAUGGAAGAGCGAAAAUGGGAUAAACAUAAAAGUGCAUUUAAUAUUUACAUUUGUUAAAAGCAUAUUUACAUGCAUGUAUAUAGAAUAGUGUAAAAUAAUUUAUAAAUAAAAAUGUGUGUAAUAGAGCGGGUGGUCAUUAUUUCAUUUAAACUGUAUAUUAUAUUAUUUUUAUACUUAUUUUUAUUCUUUUUUAUUUACAGUUACAAGAAAGCCUUUGAAGAAUAUAGAAAAAAUAAAAAUGAUGAAUAUUUCAAACCUAUAGUUAUGGCUAAUAUAAAUUGCUGCCAGAGUUUCAGGUACGGAUUUUAAGCGGUCUGAUGUCUGAUAUGUCAAAUGAUGAGUCCAAUUAUGACAUUAUUGGAUUUCAUAGUUUCUAUCGCACUGUGUUGGGUAACUUGCGUUAAAGGAAAACUAAAGGAAUCCCAUCUUGGUACUAUGCGUGUGUCAGUAGGCAGGUGUAUACUGAAAGGUAGAGUCCCCCGUCCACAUCAACCCCAAUUAGCACGCCACUCUCCAUCAGUAUAGCCAAGAGUUGAUUGACAUUUAUUUAGGAAGCGCUUGUAUCAGUUCUUUAAAGGCUGUCAAUCGUUAACAAUGUCCUAGAACAGGGAUAAGCAACCUUGGCACCCCAGAUGUUGUGGACUAAAUCCCCCCAUAAUGCUCUUACACCCAUAAUGCUGGCAAUGCAUCAUGGGAGGUGUAGUCCAAAACAUAUAGAGUGCCAAAGGUUGCCUAUGCCUAUGCCUGUCUUUGAAUCUAGACACAAUAAACAAUGCACUAUUGCAAAAUACUUGUUGAGCAUACAGUGCACAGUGGUUUUAGUUUUUUCUUUGUUUUACAAGAUAUAGAGUUUAGAGUAGCAGAUUAUAUUUGUGUUCAGUGCUUCGGGGGAUGAGAUCAUGGUAUGCUACCAUUAAACUAAAACCAGAGUUUAACGGACACAGAACAAAUACCGGUAAAAGCACAUGUUAUAAGAAAAGGCCAGUAUCUGAAAAGACUGCAAUAUACAUUUUUGUUAAUGAUACUUUAAAUGUUGCAUAAGGCGUUCGUUUAGCACAAUGUAUGUCUUUACUCUUCUAACAAAGGCCUUGACUUAAUAUUUUGGGGGAAAUUGUUUAAAAUGAUUUAAUAUUUUUGGAUAAACUUUUAACAUUAUUUAAUAUUUUGACAAAUAUUUAAUAUAUAAGUAUUGAUAUAAUUUUUAUAUAUGGAAUAUUUUUUAUAUUUUAAUAUUUUUAAUAUAUAUAUUUUUUAAGUUUAUUCAAAAAUAUUAAAUCAUUUUAAAAACGUAUACAAAAUAUUACAUGGUUUUAAAAGCUUAUCAAAAAAUAUUAAAUCAUGGACACUCUCUGAAAUUACGAGUGUUUCUCCGUAACUUUUUUGUCUUUAUAUUUUAGAGAAUUUGUUGCUCAAAGUGAUGCAAAGUUAGAUCUGAAAUCAAAAGAAGCAAUUAAGUCAAUCCUGACUGAUUUUGAGAAGGUUGGAUUUGAGACACUUCUUCAAGAUUUAUAUGACGAGCUAAAGGUAUUUUUAAAAUAGAAUUUUACUUGUACUUUCCUACAACAUUACAUAUAAAACGUCUGAACUUUUUUUUGAUACAACUCAUAUAUACAACUUGGAAUUUUCAAAGGUCCUUUUCAGUUUGGUGAACUAUUUGUAUAAUAUUGAAUUUUUUUUUUUUUAUAUAUUAAUAUAUUUUUUACUUAUGAUAUAUUUUUAUUAUUUUAAUAUUUAGAAAAAAUCAUUUAAAAAGUUUAUCCAAAAAAUAUGAAAUUAAUUGAACAACUCAUUGAACUAUAUGAAAUCGAGAGGCAAAUAUAAUUUUUGCCAUGUAUGCAUGUAUAUUUUUAGUUUAAGAAAAAAUAACCACAGUCUUUUUGUUUAGGGUGUUUUCAAGAGGAUUUCUCAAGGAAAUGGAAUGUGUAGUUAUCAAACCAUGCAAGAGAUCAUCCAGAUAACAGAGAGACACAUUUCUCCUUUUGGAAUGUUAACCCAACAUUGUUAUAAGGUAAAUGCAACAUCCGUCUAUAUUUAGAUCCAGCAAAUGAAUUCCAACGUUAGAUAUGUAGUCCAUUAAAGGAAUUGUAGUGGCUUAUUACAUUGUAAUCACAUUUUUCAUUGUAGGAAGCGAUCGGUAAGGUCCACUUACACUUGGUCAAAGAAUAUAUCACAAGACUCCUGAAGAAAAAAGUCACUCUCAAGAAUGUACAGCAGCUUCAAACUCUAGGCAGGCAAAUUCGCGAGACGGCCAUGCUUAUCAAGGACUUCUUUUCUGUUCACGUAAGUUCUGGUAUCUUUCAUGUCAUGUAAAAAAAAACCUUGUUUCUGGAAAGUUUAAUAACCCUAACUAAUCUUAACAUUUAGUGACUGGUAAUUAGCGGCUGCCAAAAUUGUCUCCCACAGAGAUUAACAGAAGUCACCAAAUUUCUGUUAAUCUCUGUUGACCACCUGGUUACCAUGAUAUAUGGCAACAACCACUGCUUGUCGGUAUCUGACCAAAAAUCACACCUGCCUCAUAUAGUAAUUUAUUACUGUAAACUCUCAAUACAUGUACAUUUAAGUAUAUUUUAGCACUGAAGCCCAUGUAUAAGCAUGGUUUUCAGUAGUCCCCACCCAGUCGUCACGGGCCACUACCAGUCCAGGUUUUGUCAUUAUCUCCAUUUGAAUAAAAAAGGGAAAUACAUAAAUCCUGGACUGCUGGUGGUCCAUGAGGACUGGGUUGGGAACCACUUGUUUAUGCCAGUUUACACCUGUGAAAUGUGGCAAGUAGAAUGUAUGCAAAUACUAAGAGCAAGUCAGACAAUUAUUGGUGAAGUGCGCAUGUACUGAGUAAAUCUUUUAUAGUGGCGUGCGUCAUUACUAAAGCAAGAAACGUGAAAACCUUGACCUUUGUCCUGGUGUAAGUCCAACAUACAAUACUUUAAACACCAAUGACCCCAUUACCAGGGCAUGAACACAAACUCUUUGUUGUUUUUGCAAAGGGUGCAACAAAAUCCCUGUACCAGGGCCUCUUAUUCUAAAUUCCCAUCAAAUGGUAUGUUGUAUAAAAAAAAAUUUCAGUGUAUCUACCCAUUCUGCAAACUCUGCCAAAAUUCAAGUGUAUUGUAUAUCAUGUAACACAAAGAAAAAGGGCUGUGCCAAUAGUUAAAAGGUACAAUAGUUCAUCUGAAUAGGUUGGGCAAUAUAACAUAGUUGGUCUCACUGAUAUGAUGGGACUAAAGUUCUGAUGGAGUAACUGAAGGUAAAGUCUGAUAAUAUUGAGGGCUCACUCGAUUGUAUUGUAUAUUGUAUGCUUUUUGUGUGCUCCGCACAUAUUUUGUGGCUUGGUGUAAGUGGAUAUAGGGGUAUAAGUCUGUAAAAAUACCCAAUGUUUUACUGGAAGGUGAUUUGUUUAAUUACACAUGAAACAUAAAGGUAUAAUAAAUAGUGCAAGAUCGUUAGUUAAAGAGAUGUUUAUUAUUACUUUUGUAACAGGAAUCCCAAGCAUUUUGGCUGGAAAAUAUAAUAUCCAAAGUGGCUGAAAUCAUUCGACUCCAGGAUAUCGGUGCAAUCCAGCUUGAAGUAGCUACACUUGCGGCAGAAUAUCCAGAUAUUGGGUAAGACAAAUGGUUUACAUUCUUUCAAACUAUUCUAAAAAUGUUUGUUUCAAGUGAACUGUGUUCCUCUGAUUGUGUGCUUCUUGGAAUGAAAUACCGAGCAGGAUAAUAUACUGACUUCUAGACUACAUGAUAAAGCAAGAAAUUAAUACAGAUAUUCCCAAAUUACCUUGCUGUGCUCUCUGUGGAUAAACUAAAAGGAGCUAAAUAAACUAUACACGGAAUUAAAAAAAAACCUCAAAAUUACACGUAUAUUUUAAUAAGAAAUACCUUUUUUUUAAAAAAAGACUUUGUUAGUCCAUCAGCAGAUCAGCUCAAUUUAACUUUAAAAAGUCCAUGAAAAUGUUGACUUUAAAGUUGUAACCAUUAUUGUGACUUCUAAAUAACAGCGUUAAAAUGCAGUUUAUAAUAAGGGGCACCAUUACAGCACCAGGUAUACUGCUCUAAUGACAUUGGGUACAGCAGUUUACUCCAUAAUGUAGCUUUAGGGUCUUAGUUAAAGGGACACUAUAGGCACACAGACAACUUUAGCUUAAUGAAGCAGUCUUGCAGUCUCACUGCUCAAUUUUCUGCCAUUUAGGAGUUAAAUCCCUUCGUUUCUGUUUGUCCAGCCUGUGACUGACACAGCCUGCAUGAAAAAAAGGCUUAGGUUUUUAAUCAGAUGUUAGCUUGCUUUAGAAGUUUAAAUCUCCUUCUCUGUAAAAUGAACUUUAAUAACACACAGGAGGCUCCUGCAGGGUCUAGAAAGUUAUUAACAAAGCAGGAAAUAAGACAUUCUAUAUGAAACAGAAUGUCCAAGUUUAAGCAUUAGUUCUUUCUUUAUAGGAAGUGUUUAAGAAGGUUGCGUAAGUCACAUGCCUGGAGGUGUAACUAGGGCUACAUAAACAGAAUGAUUUAAUGGCAGAGAAUUGAGCAGUGAGACUGGAAGGGCAUGAUCUAUACACCAAAACUGCUUCAUUAACCUAGAGUUGUUUUGGUGACUACAGUGUCCCUUUAACUAAAAUCAGUAAAUGUAAACAGAAAUUGGUUUAAAAGUUCAACUUUCAUAAUUGUUUAAUAUCACUCAUCACACAAUAUAAUGGCCAGUGUCUCCCAUAUUUACAGUGAAUUUAAUCCACAUGUGCCGAGUAACGUGGUCUAGCGUUUAUGCCACAUAGUGGAUAUGUUAUCACUUAUUACCAGUAUUAUGUUUAGAAUCUGUGAGUUUGACACAUUUUUUGUUUCAUUAUUGUACAAAAUGUUCACAGCAUAUUGAGGUCAGUGUUCCCUAUUUUUCACAGGCGAAAACAAGUUGAAGCUAUUUUAUACAUCAAAGGGAAUCUCAGCAAGAGUGAAGUCCGAUCAAUCGUCGGCGUCAUUGACAGCCAAGAAAGGAACACAAGCACAACCCAACCAUUCUUUUCAUUAAUUAAACCUUCUUAAUAUGUUUUACGAGAACUGGUGCUUAAGCAUGUCACUAUUCCUGUAACUGUCUAUAUUACAUUAGACAAUGUAGCAGGAAGAUACCAAGGUCAGGAUUGACUGGCCAGAUGGUCAAUGUCACCUGUCCAUAUGGGUUGAUACUCGGAACUACCAGUUAAUUUCGCUGUAAGAUGGAUAUAAUGGAAUUUGCUUAAAUUUUUGGUACUGUAUAUAGUUCCAUUUUUAUUACUACAGAUAUAUAGGUCUAGAAAAUGUCUGAUAGUUCUCAGCAUCAUCUGUUGGACCUUUUAUUGUACCAUCUUGGAAAAGGACAUAAACUGCACAUAUGAGUUUGGAUUUCCCAAGUGUAUGUGAAGUUGUUGUGUGUUUUUCUGUCAAAGAGAAGCGUUGAACAUUGAAAAAGAUGGACAAUAAGUAUUACACACAUUGGAUUUGAGUUAAGAUCUGUAGAGUACAUUAUUCAUAGAACAGUACAUUGAACAGGAUCUACAACAAUUCAGAAAUUCAUUGUGUUAGUUACAUAUAGAAAGGAAUUAAUGUGAUGGGUUAGACUAUUAAUCCUAGAACAGAGGUGGCUAUCCUGCUGGUUGUUGACCUACAUUCCUCAUGAAUCUCUGCUAGCCAACAGAAGUAUUGGACAUUUCGUCUGAUAACAGCAGGGAGCCUAAUUUUGGUCAACACUUAUAUUUCUCCCAUCCAUCUUGUGUUUAUUAAACAGAAAAGGUCUUAAAUAUGACCGUGACUCUGCGAGAAAUGGUUCUCACAUUUCAAUCGAAUUCUAGAUAGUUCAUUCUUAUAAGCUCACUUUUAAACAAAUUAAUCUAUAAUCCUAUAAUCACUUUUUGUAGGGAUUUGUAUAUUUUGUAUCUUUUUUUAUUUAAGAACAUAUUUUACCUCCGAAACAAUGUGAUCUCAUCCGUGGCUCAGCUAAAUGUGUGGCUAAUUUUUGGCCACGGUUAUAGCCAUUAUGUUUUCACAACAUGACUUCUUUCGGAAGCAAAAACAGCGCAGAACGAUUUGUUUACAAUUCACUUGUUUACACAAAGUUUGGAAGACGAAAAGCAAUCAUAGGAAUAGUCGAAUGUAUGUUUCUGAAGCUGGACUGCCUUUAAACAUCAGUAUUUACAAGUAAGAGUGUCUGUAUAUAAUGUAUUGAAAUAUUUUUGUUGUCUUGCUUGUUGUAUUUUUUUCAGAUGUUAUAGCUAAGUUAUAUUUAGCCUGUAUAAUAUGGGACAUGUGUCCCAAAACUGUAUUUUUAUUUUUUCACAUAAAGUUUUCAAUUGUUUGUAUUAUCUUGUUUACGUAUUUUGUUUUGUUUGGAACUGAACAUACCAAUUUUGUCGCGUUUCGAAGAAUAAACAGUGCAGCUAAGGCCAUACUUAAC